CACACUCUUGACUCUCGACUGCUCUCUCACAUCACCCUUGGCUUCAUUGCUAAUCCUGCACACCAGCAGCAGCCCAGCACAUACCUUUCUUUGGCACAGAGCGGGUCGCGCAAGCUGCACCGAAGAAUAGCGCCGACCAUCUGCUCACCUUGGCACAGCUGCUUUCAGGCUGUUCAGACCUAGCUUGCUUGCGCACCACCUCUCUGCGGAUCGAGGCUUGCCGCACUGCACUGCUGAGUCACCAGUAUCGCAGUGUGCCCGCUCAGCUCAGCUCGCAUCAAUCUCUGAUUGUGCUCGCCAAGACGCUUGCGAUCCAACGGACACGGCCACCGCAGCAAGCCGCGGAUCCCGUCGCACCUCUGCCCGUUGCUCGAAAUGGAGCCCUUACCGCUUCCCGCGACCUCUUCACGUCGUCGUGAUCGCGUCACUUAUAUCCACGACGAGGAUGUUGGCAAUUACUCUUAUGGCUACGGACAUCCAAUGAAGCCUCAUCGGAUGAGGAUGACCCAUAACCUGGUCUCCAAUUACGGAUUGCACAGGUACAUGCACCUCGUCAGACCCAGAAGAGCUACAAGAGAGCAGAUGACUGCUUUUCAUACGGAUGAAUAUGUAGACUUUUUGCAGAGAGUCACUCCUGAAACGGUGGCCGAGCUGACUGGGGAUGGGACCAGAUUUCUGAUAGGCGAAGACUGCCCAGCCUUUGGAGGUCUAUUUGAAUUCUGCAGCAUAUCUGCCGGCGGUUCACUGUCUGCAGCACACGCCAUCAACGAUGGCACAGCAGACGUAGCCAUCAAUUGGGCCGGAGGACUGCAUCACGCCAAGAAGAGAGAGGCUAGCGGGUUCUGCUACGUGAAUGAUAUCGUGCUGGCCAUACUCGAGCUGCUGAGAACGCACCUGCGAGUGCUGUACAUCGACAUCGACAUCCACCACGGUGAUGGCGUUGAGGAAGCAUUCUACACCACAGACAGAGUCAUGACUGUCAGUUUUCAUAAGUUUGGAGAUUUCUUUCCAGGGACUGGGGAUGUGAGGGACAUUGGCAUCAAGAAAGGCAAGGGGUACGCUGUGAAUGUGCCUCUCAGGGAUGGAGUGGGUGACGUGGAGUUUGGCGGGAUUUUCAGACCUGUGUUGCAACACAUCAUGGACUGGUACCGACCCGGGGCUGUGGUGCUCCAAUGCGGUGCUGACAGUCUUGCAGGAGACAAGCUGGGCUGUUUCAACUUGAGCAUGCGAGGACACGCCGAGUGUGUGCGGUUCAUGCAGUCGUUUGGAGUGCCCCUGAUCUGUCUGGGUGGCGGAGGAUACACGGUGCGGAAUGUUGCGCGGACGUGGACGUACGAAACAGGCUUGAUGCUUGGAAAAGAGCUGCCCGAGGAUCUGCCCUUCAACGAGUACAUUCAGUAUUUUGGACCAGAAUACAAGCUGGACGUACCCCCCACCAGCAUGGAUAAUCAGAAUACCAGAGAAUACUUGGAUGGACUCGUCAAGAAGAUUGUGGAGAAUCUUAGGUGUCUCAACCCGGCACCUAGCGUAGGCAUGCAUGAGACUCCUGCUCAUUCUAUCAACCCCGCGGACAUGGAUCUGGAGGAUGAUGACGAGUCCGACCUGGACCAGAGGAUAACACAACGUCUAAGAGAUGCACACGUCGAGCGAUUUGGGGAUGAACUAUCGGGUGACGAAGGAUCGUCAUCUGACGAAGGUGGGCGAGCAUCUGAGAUGGGCGCAGAGGGCCACGACGUAGCAGGUCAGGUACCAUUUCGAGCGGGCUACGCAUCAAAAGCGCGAUCCAUCGACUCCACCCCCAACGGAUCGAGGCGAGGCUCGACGAUGAAGCGAGGCAACAGCAAUGCAAGCUUGCUCGGUGCUGGAACGCACGAUUUGGCAGCUAGGUUCGGCAAUCCUACGUAUGCGCUGGAAGCGGCUGCGAACGGGCGGAGGAGCAGCGUACAAUUCUCUGGCCUUUUGGGCGAUCCUGCUCGAGACGAUGUACUAGGCAUGGGCUUCGGCACGCAAAGGCAAAGUCGAUCGGGUCGCAAAUCAGGCAAGAGGAACUUUUUCAGCUCUCGAGCCAAGGUGGAGCCCAAGUCGUCGGAGGGCAAGGCUUCCGGCUCCUUAGCGCAAGACGAAAAUGCAAGGCUCGAGCAGGGUGUGCAGAUGAUGCAAGGCAAGAGCUCGAGUGGCGUUUCAAGGAGGAAACCGGCAAUGCCGGUCUUGGGUAUCGGACGCUCGGCCGCUGUUGCUGUGGACAACGACGCGUCGGAAGUUGCCGACACGCCCCUGGCAUCUCCUUUACCGUUGCACGGCGCUGCUAGCAUUGCAGCUUGACCGCACGUGAUGCCUCGUAAGCCUGAUGGAGGAGCAGGAUCAGCCAUGUUCGUUGCACGCGUCGCCCGGUCUGUUCUUUCCCCUUCCCCUCCUCCCUUCUCAAUUGUGCUUGUUCUCUCUUUGUAACAACACCAACCACCCUGCUCUGCAAGUCACCUCAACAUCAUCCUUUUGCGCAUGGCUCUUCGAGAUGCUCAGAGAUUCAAGGAGGAGAAGAUGGCCGAUGUGCAUCUCAUUUUGCUUUUGUUUUGUGCAGUACGGCAAGCUGCUGCCGAUUGGUCGAGUCAUCUAGCAAAGCGGUGGGACGAGCUAUCAAGGUUCAAUCUC